UUCUAAUUUACGCGCACAAACUAAACCAAUUAAUUAUAUCCGAUGAGUCAGGGAGAACCCAGUCCGAAUCAGCACACAGCAUUGACACAGGCGGAAAACCCAGCGACGCCCACAGCGGCCGGUGGCAGUGUGGCUUUAGGCCUUGUGAACAGCGGACUGACGCAGGCCCAGCAGGAGGGCAUUGAUCGGGCGCUGGCGUAUGCACGCGAGCUGCAGCAGACGGUAUUCAAGGAGAUGCUUGAUGCCGAGCGUCGGCGGCGCGAGGAUGAUGCGCGGGCAGCUCCGGGCACGGUGAACCCGGGCCGGCUGGCCGGCAUGGACGCGCGCAACCUAUCGGUGAUGUCGCGAAUCUACGUCGGAUCGAUCAACUUUGAUCUAACCGACGAGCACAUACACCGGGUUUUUUCUGAGUACGGGCCUGUGCGCAGCGUCAGCAUGUCCAAGGACCCUGCGUCAGGGCGGCACAGAGGCUACGGGUUUGUCGAGUACGAGGUCCCUGAGGCUGCGGCGCUGGCCGUUGACAGGAUGAAUGGCACAAUGCUGGGCGGCCGCCAGCUGAAGAUUGGCCGCCCGAACAACUACAACGUGGCAGUUGCGCAGGGCUUUCCGCAGCCGCCGGCCGAGCGCAUCUACGUGGCCAACGUCAACGAGGCCAUCACGGAGGACAUGCUGAGAGACAUAUUUGCGCCGUUUGGCGCUGUCAGCGCGUGCAUCUUGGCGCCCGACAUGGCAACACGCAAGCAUCGCGGAUGGGGGUUUAUCGAGUUUGAGGAGGCGGUGGCUGCUGAGCAGGCGGCAGCGACCAUGGACAGCUUUUCUCUGGGGAACCUGGUGCUGCGCGUCAGCCGCUGCGUUGUCGGCGGCCCGCUGGGCGAUGGCAUGGCGGCCCUGGACGAUAUGCCAGCUGACACCGAGGUUGAAGCCUCUGUGCCUACUGUCAGGCCGCCGCAGCAGGUGAUGGACUUGGCGGCGAGCAUCAACCGCACCAUUGAUGCCCAGCCCGCAGACCAGGUUAGCCAGCAGAACGCUGCCCCCCAGGCUGUAAAUGGGCCGUGGUCGACUGUUGUGUUGCUGGAGAACGUCGUUGGCGACAGCUCCGAGGUUGACGAUGACUUGGCCAGCGACAUGGCCGGCGAGGGGGAAAAGUGCGGCACGGUUGCCAAGGUUGUCGUGCACGUUGCUUCGGACCAAGAGAUGCAGCAGGCACCUGGCCAGAGCGAUGUUUGCAUUUUUGUGCAGUUUGCCGAGCCUGACUCGGCCUUGCGUGCGCUGAAGCUGUUUGAUGGCCGGUGGUUCGGUGGUCGCCGGAUAUCCGCCCAGCUGUAUGAUAUUGAUCGAUUCCGUGUGCUGACGAGCUCUGAUACCAUGGUCUACAUGCCAUAGAUGCUUAUCGGGCCUUCCGUUGCAAUUAUUUCAAAGAGGUUGUGACCUUUUCUGAGGGUAAAUAAUCUAUAAAUGUUUGCCUUUCCUGAAAUCAAAAUCAAAAUCGAAACAGAAAAUAACAGGAAAUGUAUUUUGAAUUCAG